AUGACAUACAAUAGAGACGAAGCCUCUUAUCCCGCUACCUCAUCCCGUCCAUCAGACGCUCCAUACGAAUACUAUGGUUUGACGUACAAAACAUGGUGCGACUAUAAAUAUCCUCAAGAGCCAUUGGAUACUGUAAAUGCGCAGUUGGCAGCAGCCACUGGCAGAUUAGGACCAACUCGCACCGAUUCUCUUCCUUCCCCUUCUGUCAUGCCUCCAGGGUCGUCUAAUCUCCCUCAAAAUGCUCCUCAGUAUCUCUCUAGUCCAUUAAUUCCACAAAUACCUAUCGAUCCAGCCAUAUGUGAUGAUAUUGAUGACACCAUGGUCCUCGAUAGCCCCAGACCAGUGGCGGCAAAAUUACGAGCUCGAGUAUCAGGUCCUUCCAGAAGUCGUUUGUCCACUGUAGCCACGCGUCCAGCCGAAGACGCCACUCCUGUCGGCACUAAUUUCGAAGAGAAACCAGACCCUAUCCGCGCUGCGAUCAUGGCAAGAUUAACCAGAGACGCAAGAACAGCAGUUCUUCCUUCUGAUGUCCCACACCGUAAACAACUUGACCUUCUGAGGGGUAUGCCGUUGCGCAGACAACUCUCUCUACGAGAACCACACGACUUUUUUCAUCGCUCGCGUCCUGACUACUGGGAUGCAACAGCCGGAUAUCUAGUGGGCGAAGUAGCCCCUGAGCCUUGCAGCGGCUGUAAAGCCGGUAAUGGGCGCUUUGCGGAGUGCAUUGUGAUUCCACAUCAAUCUAACGGGGAUAGACAGCCACUGGGAGGAGUUUGUGUGAGUUGUGCUUAUCAAAGCUCAGCGGGAAAGUGUUCGUUCCAUCCAAAUUACAAGCAAUUGAAAGGGAGAACGAAGAAGGAGCGCAAAGAGCGAUAA